AUGCUAUCCAGGAUAGGCAAAUUUCUUCCUAGAAUUUCGAGCAUUAGAAGAAUGAGUACUAUUCCGGAAGGGUUUGAAGAAAAGACCGAGGGAUCAGCCACAAUCCUCUACCCCAGCGAGGAUGUGGAUGUCUUCUACAACCCGAUUCAGCAGUUCAACCGUGAUUUGAGUGUUUUGGCCAUCAGAGCCUGGAUAAAUAUCCAGAACGAACGCAGAUUGGCUAAACUUGAAAAUCAGCCCAAAAAGCGCAAGAUCUCCUCGACUUCUGCCGAGCCAACAAGAUUCGUCAAUAUUGCAGAAGCCCUGAGUGCGACUGGCCUAAGGUCAAUCAGAUACGCCAAAGAAAUCCCACAAGUGAAGAAAAUAGUGGCAAACGAUUUAUCUGCUCCAGCUGUCAAGUCUAUCCAGGGAAAUAUCGAACACAACAAGGUGGGUGACCUUGUGAUUGCCAACCAAGGUGAUGCUAUCCACUUCAUGAGCUCACCAGAGUCACAGUCGAAGUUUCAGGUGGUGGACCUAGAUCCUUACGGAACCGCUGCUCCUUUUAUUGACUCUGCCAUCCAGUGUAUGACUGACGAUGGUCUAUUGCUGGUUACGUGUACAGAUUUGGCGGUUCUCGCUGGAAACUCAUACCCCGAAAAGUGCUUCGUGCUGUAUGGUGGUACCAACACCAGGGGAGAUGCCGUCCACGAAAGUGCUUUGAGAUUGGUCUUGAACCUUGUGGCAUCCACUGCAGCGAAGUAUGGAAAAUGUAUAGAGCCUCUACUUUCACUGUCAAUUGACUACUACGUCAGAUGCUUCAUCAGGGUGAAGAGGUCCCCCAUCCAGCUGAAGCAACUUGCUUCCCAGUCCAUGAUCACAUAUUUGUGUUCAGGUUGUGGAUCAACUGCAAACCAAUACAUGGGCAGAAAAACCGAAGAUUCCAAGGGUCAGGGUGGCUACAAGUUUAGCAUGAGCCAGGGACCUCCAGUGGGACCCCAUUGUUCCUUCUGUGGAAACGUUCACCAUCUCACUGGUCCGAUGUGGGGUGGAAAUCUCCACAACCAUGAAUUCAUAGACAAAGUACUAGAGUUGAAAUCAUCCGUCUCCGAGGGCCAGUACGGAACUUUGAAGAGAGUCGAGGGUAUGCUACACAUGGCUAAACAGGAGGUGGAUGCACCGUUCUAUUUCAAGCCAACUACCAUUUCUUCUGUCCUGAAGGCAGCCCCUCCAUCAGUAUUGGAUAUUAUCACGGGUUUGAAGAAUUUGGGCUACGAAAGCUCUCUGACCCACGCCAUGCCAAGUGGGAUCAAGACUGAAGCCCCAUGGGAAACCAUCUGGUACGUGUGCAAGAAGCUCGGCGAGAAAGAUGAAGGAUUUUCCCAGAGGCUCGAGAAGACCAGUCAGACUGCUCCUGGCUACAAAAUCUGGAAAAACGAAAACAUAGGAAAGGAUAUUGAAAGCCAAGAAGACCUGUUCAAACACAAUGAAACCACCAAGGCCAUCAAGACACUGAGAAAGAUCAAAAUAGUGCGUUUCCAGGAAAACCCAACGAAGAAUUGGGGACCACAGAGUAGGCCAGGAAAGAAAUGA